GCAAGGUGAGGCUCAGGUGGCGGCGGCGGCGCGGCGGCACGGAGUAGGUUGUUUUUCUGGCGCCAUUUCCCGGUGUGACUUGUGUUAGCUGAACUAAACCCGCCGCAAGCCACGGGUGUCGGGUGCCAUGUCUAUCAACAUAGACAAAGAUGCUUUCUUCCGCCGGAUGAACAAGAUUUACGCGGCCUGGAAGAAAGCAGAAAGCAACAAAGAGGAUGGACUGGGGAAGGCAGAUGCACUGGUGUCAGUGGUGGGUGCUGAUCAGGAGGUGAUCUACUCCAAGUCAACAGCAACACAAACUUGGCUCUUUGGCUAUGAGCUCACAGACACUAUCAUGGUUUGCUGUGAAAAGGCUGUGUACUUUCUGGCCAGUAAGAAGAAGAUUCAAAUUCUGGAGGGACUGGAGAAGAACAAAGAUGAGAAUAGCAAUGUUCCACCUGUGAAACUUCUCAUAAGAGACAAGAGUGACAAGGACAAGGCAAACAUCAGCAAGUUGAUUGAGGCCAUAAAGCAGAGCAAAGGAGGCACAAAAAUAGGGGUGUAUGUCAGGGACAAGUUCUCUUCAGAUCUCAUUGAUGCAUGGAGGAAGGCCAUCAAGGAGAACAACUUUGAACCGGUGGACAUGAGCUCCAACAUGGCUAUAGUUAUGGCUUCAAAGGAAGAAUCUGAGCUAACCACUAUUAAAAAGGCUUGCACUGCUACUGUGGAUGUCUUCUCCAAGUACCUCAAGGAACAGAUCAUGGAUAUUAUUGACAGAGAUAAAAAGGUGAAACAUGCUAAGCUGGCUGAAGGGGUGGAGCAGGCCAUGACAGACAAGAAGUAUGUUGGUAACUUUGACACCCAGCAAAUUGAGCCAUGCUACCCACCAAUAAUACAGUCUGGAGGGAAUUAUGCUCUCAAGUUUAGUGUGUCCAGUGACAAAAACCCAAUGCAUUUUGAUGCCAUUGUGUGCUGCAUGGGUGUGCGUUACAAGAACUACUGUUCCAACAUCUGCCGCACCUUCAUGGUCAAUCCACCUGACAAGAUGCAGAAGGAGUAUGACCUGCUCCUAGACCUGUUUGAUGCUCUUGUAAAUAAAUUAAAGGAUGGAGUAAAGCUCUGUGAUGUGUAUGAGGAGGUGGUCACUCAUUUGAAGCAGAGAAAGUCAGACUUGGUGGACAAAUUGACUAAAGCUGUAGGGUUUGGCACUGGCAUUGAAUUUCGUGAAUCUGCCCUUCUCAUUGGCCCAAAGAAUACUACGGUGGCCAAGAAAGGUCAGGUCUUCAAUGUCAACCUAGGUUUCUCAGAUCUGAUCAACCCUGAUGCCAGUGGCAGUAGUAAGAAAUAUGCUCUCUUCAUUGGAGACACUGUAGUGGUGAAUGAGGACCAAGCUGCCACGGUACUGACAGCCACUAGUAAAAAGAAGUUGAGGAAUGUAGGAGUUUUUUUGAAGGAUGAUGAUGAAGGAGAUGAGGAGGAGGAAACCAAAGAAGAUACAUCAGAACUUCUUGGCCGGGGCAAACGAACAGCCAUUCUGGACUCCAAGCUUAGGUCUGAACAGUCAACUGAGGAGAAGAGGCGACAGCAUCAGAAAGAACUGGCUGUGUCCACCAAUGAGGCUGCCAAAGAGCGGCUUGCCCUCCUUAAAGGGAAAAAGGAAAAUCAGAAGGUGCGCAAAUCCACUGUCUCCUACAAAUCUGCUAAUGUCCUGCCAAGGGAACCUGAGAUUUCAGAUCUCAAAAUAUAUGUUGACCGAAAAUAUGAGACUGUGAUUCUGCCAAUCUAUGGGCUACCAGUGCCUUUCCACAUUUCCAUGAUCAAGAACAUUUCCCAGAGUGUGGAAGGAGACUACACUUACCUCCGUAUCAACUUCUUUCACCCUGGCUCGAACAUUGGCAAGAGUGAUGGUGCUUUCCCCAACCCUGAUGCAGUCUUUCUGAAAGAAAUAACUUACCGAAGCACCAACACAAAGGAGCCAGGAGAACUGUCUGCACCAUCCUCCAACUUGAACACAGCCUUCAGGCUCAUCAAAGAAGUACAGAAGAAAUUCAAGACAAGGGAGGCUGAAGAGAAGGAAAAGGAGGACUUGGUGAAACAGGAUACAUUGGUUAUAUCAAAUAACAAGUCAAACCCUAAGCUAAAGGACCUGUAUAUUCGCCCCAACAUUGUUCAGAAGAGGAUCAAUGGUACCUUGGAGGCACACACCAAUGGCUUCAGAUACACAAGUGUACGAGGUGACAAGGUGGAUAUCCUUUAUAACAACAUUAAGAAUGCAUUCUUCCAACCUUGUGAGGGAGAAAUGAUCAUUCUCCUACAUUUCCAUUUAAGGCACGCUAUUAUGUUUGGGAAGAAGAAACAUAUUGAUGUACAGUUUUACACGGAGGUUGGAGAGAUAACCACUGACCUGGGAAAGCAUCAGCACAUGCAUGAUCGUGAUGACCUCUCUGCAGAGCAGGCAGAAAGAGAGCUACGUCAUAAACUCACAUCUGCUUUCAAAAGCUUCACAGAAAAGGUGGAGACUAUGACCAAACACCAAGUUGAGUUUGACACACCAUUCCGUGAGCUUGGUUUCCCUGGAGCUCCUUACCGUUCCACUGUUCUCCUCCAGCCCACAUCAGGCUGUGUGGUGAAUCUUACUGAGUGGCCGCCAUAUGUCAUUGUGCUGGAUGAGGUGGAGUUGGUUCAUUUUGAGCGUGUGCAGUUCCACCUCAAGAACUUUGACAUGGUGUUUGUGUUCAAGGAUUACUCAAGGAAGACUUCUAUGAUUAAUGCCAUUCCCAUGCAAAUGUUGGAUCAUGUCAAGGAAUGGCUCAAUUCAUGUGACAUCCGAUACUCAGAAGGUGUACAGUCCCUCAACUGGACAAAGGUGAUGAAGACUAUUAUUGAUGACCCCGAUGGCUUCUUUGAACAGGGAGGCUGGUCUUUCCUGGAUCCAGACUCUGAUGAGGAAGAGCAACAGGAGGAGGAGGAGGACUCAGAGGAGGAUGGAGCAUAUGCUCCUUCUGAUGAAGAGUUAGGAUCUGAAGAAGAGAGUGAAGACUACUCAGGGGAAUCUGAAAUCUCUGACUCAGAGGAGUAUAGUGAAGAUCUUGGUAGUAGUGAAGAGUCUGGCAAGGACUGGUCAGAUCUGGAGAGAGAAGCUGCUGAGGCUGACCGUGAGAGGAAUGAAUUUGAAGAUGAGUACACCAAACAGAAGAAAGGCGGUAGUGGUUACAGAUUAAAUCGCAAGCCCUCCAUGAAAUCUGGCAAGGACAGACACAUGAGCAACAAACACAAAUCCUCAAAACAUGACAGCAAACACAGAUCACCCCACAAGUCUUCACAUAAAUCCCCACACAAGUCACCAAGCAAGAGCAAGGAUCGGCAUCACUCCAGUAGCAAGCACAGUGACAAGAAGAGAUCCCGGGAUGAUUCGGGUGACCGUCAUCACAGUAAAAAGAAGAGCAGGAAAUAAAUGGUGUCCUCUGGUGCUGCUAGGCUGCCACUCUUCACCCCAGGGAUAAGAGAGAGAAGUUCAAAUAGUAGUGAUGAUAAGUACUUUAGGAAUGUGAUUGUCUGUUGUGAUUCUGGUCAGUGCAGUGAUCUGAGCUGAUGACCUGACUGCAGACACCAGGAAUUGUAGAGUUCAAGCAAGCCUCUUUGACCAUAUGCCAUGCACCAUGCAUAGAGGUAAUAGGUCCAGUGCUUAUAAGGAGUUGGAGAUGGACCAAUUUUAAUUAUCUUAUUGUGACACUGUGAAUGAGGGAUUUCCAAGUGAUGAAUUUAUACAUUUAACCUCUUCUUUAGUGUAUUAGACCUUGUAAUUCCUCAUGUACUCAUUUGUAAGACAUUAUUAUUUAUUUUCUUUUUUUUUAUUUAUUAUAUAUAUAUUUUUUUUUUCAUAUAACACAGUGUACAUACUAUGAUCAAUUAAUUUUAGAAGGGAACUAUGAGACAGUGCCCGAGACUUACCUGUCUGCUCAAAUUUGCACUAUGGUUACUAAAAAUUAUGUUGUUUUAUUUAAAGAAUUUGUGACAAACCAUAGCAGGAAAUUAACAAUAAUACCAGACUUUAUAAUAAUAAUAGUGUUUGAGUUGUCCAUAUGUACUUGAGGCCAUUAAGAUUCUGUAAGUCUUUUGGUAAAAUAGGUCGUACCUCUGUUCCACUACUAGUGAAAUCUUUUUAGAUUGAUAUUAAUGGUAAUUUUGUGAAAUAAGUAGUAAGAGGUGUGAUCCAAAAGUUCUCAGACUGUCUGCAAAGAGCAUUUGAAAUCCACAGUGCAGCAUUGGGCUACUAGAGAAGGACAUAGAACAUUGUCUUGCCACAUCUAUAUUUACUGUUUUGUAUAGUUUUCAUGAGGAUGGAUAACUGCAUUUUGUAUGGGUUAUAGCCAAAAAAUGUGCUUACAUCACCAAUAAUAUUGUAGAAAGUUCAUGUCUUUUCUUACUUUCUAGAGGUUCCAUACUGCUGUACAAUUAAUGUAAUAAUUCCUGGGUUAGUAAGUAACCUUAAAAUUAUUUAGCAAUCUGCCUCAUGUUAAGUUCCUAGAUGAUUGAUCACUAAAAGCUAUAGUAAGUUAUUUCUUCAGCCUUUCACUAUCAUUGUUGAGGGGAGACUAGAAUAUUGGUGACCUUUUCAUGAUGUAUUCUGUGUUUGAACCUCCACCCUCUAUAACAUCAGAUUACUGUCCAGGUGCACUAUGUACUUGUCCAAGUAUAUUAUGGAUAUCCAGUAUGGUUUUGGCAAGCCUUAAGCCAAACUUGAUAAACAUACCAUGCUCUAGGAAGUUUGUCUUUUCUUCUAAAAAUUGCAGAAAACAAAUGAUACAGAACCACAUGAGAAUGCUUUUUAUAUUAAAUUAAUAAAUACAUACCACCAGAAUACUAGACAUUUUUUUGUAAAAGAUAAAAUUGUUCAACAUCAUCUAAGUGCCUAGUUUUGGGUAAAGCCUUUAUAUGCACCAAGCAGUAAGCUCUCAAACUUUUGGAUCUUUCCUCAUGUAGAAGCUAAUUCAUAAUGGUGCUUUGUUCACCUUUAUGUAACAUGAGGAUGGGGUUUUGGAUAAAAGGAAAAAUUGUCUGCAAAUAAUUUUUAAACAACUGGAUUUUAUGUAUGACUUAUUCCUUAGGAUAUUUUUGAGAAACAAUAUAUAUAUAUAUAUAUAUAUAUAUAUAUAUAUAUAUAUAUAUAUAUAUAUAUAUAUAUAUAUAUAUAUAUAUAUAUAUAUAUAUAUAUAUAUAUAUAUACAGAAAAUAUUUGCAUAAGAAAAUCAAUUGCAUUUUAUGAAGAAAGGUAUAACAAAAUCACCUAUAAUUGUCAACCAAACAUGUAAUUAUGUAAGUAUCUUGGAUCUCUCUCUCUCUCUCUCUCUCUCUCUCUCUCUCUCUCUCUCUCUCUCUCUCUCUCUCUCUCUCUCUCUCUCUCUCUCUCUCUCUCUCUCUCUCUCUCUCUCUCUCUCUCUCUCUCUCUCUCUCUCUCUCUCUCUCUCUCUCUCUCUCUCUCUCUCUCUCUCUCUCUCUCUCUCUCUCUCUCUCUGAAAGGAAACCACCAGUCAGCUCAGACACUUGCAAUGGAUGGAAUACCACACACACACACACACACACACACACACAAAAUAUAUAUAUAUAUAUAUAUAUAUAUAUAUAUAUAUAUAUAUAUAUAUAUAUAUAUAUAUAUAUAUAUAUAUAUAUAUAUAUAUAUAUAUAUAUAUAUAUAUAUAUAUAUAUAUAUAUAUAUAUAUAUAUAUAUAUAUAUAUAAAGUACAAGUAGUGCACAAAAUUUGAGAAAUUCAUAAUUAUUUGUAUAUGAUUCAGUCAUAAUGAAGCUUAAAGGUUUUCUAAAGGAUAGUAAAGGCAUUACUGCAACACCUGUUCACAAAGUAUUGAAAAUUAUCCACUUUGGUUAAAGAGAUUUGGUGUAUAGAUUUUUCUUAUUGUCCACUUAGGGAAUUAGGUGUAUCUUAUUUUUAAUUACCUGAGCUUAUAUAAGCACUAAUAGUUUUAGUUAUUUUUGUACCAGAGGUUAUGCUGCUACAACCUUGUGUUUUGCAAGGCAAUGAUUUGGGAGGGCUGUUUGCUUUUUUCUCCUUUUUGAAGAGAAAACUGAAGAUGGUCAGCCAAGUUGUUGUGAAUAGAAGGUUAUUAAUUAUUGCAGAUGGAUGUAUUGAUGACAAAGAUCUGCUAAUGAUAGUUUGUUGUGGUGUUGGUUCAAGACAACACAAAGGAACAGAAGGAUUAACUUUUUUUUUUUUUUGUACGUCAAGUAAGAUAAUGUCCUGCAUUUUAUAUCAAUUUGUGAAAUAUAUUUCAUCCUUGUUUU